AUGUCGCAAAAAUCAGUUAAAGGCCGGGUGAUUGCUGAUAUGUUAGCAGAUUACCCUAAAGAAGUAGGCGAUGAUCAUUCCUCAGAUGACCGAAUCUCAACAGUAGAAGAGGACACGUGGACUAUGUUUUUCGAUGGAGCUGUAAAUUUGUCAGGUUCAGGCACUGGGGCGGUCUUGAUAUCCCCAAAUGGGCAACAUUAUCCUGUGGCUGCAAAAUUGAUGUUUCCAUGCACCAACAAUAUAGCUGAAUAUGAAGCAUGCAUCAUCGGCCUACAAGCGGCUAUUGGAAUGGAAGUGUCAAAACUAAAAGUGUUCGGUGACUCCGCCUUAAUCAUCCUCCGAGCGUGGGCGAGUGGAAGACAAGAGAUGCCAAACUAG